UUGAGGCAAGAGAGAGUGACAUUAAACAUCGGCAGCACCGACCAAUCGGGCCAGAGCCUCUCAACCAUCGUGCGGAGAAUAAGCAAGUUCGUAUCAAGCCAAGAUGUCGAGUUUUGCAAUCGGUCUUACAUCAACACCGGUCUUGGCGACUUCCAGCAAAGCCGAAUGGGAGGUACAAAAAAUAAGACACGCAUUGUCAGGCCUUCCGACACGGCCCGGUGCAUACAGAUUUCGACCAAACGUUACAAAUUGUCGAAAGUCCGGCCGACUUGUGGAGGUUGUGUUCAGACCUGCAUUCUUGACCUGGAUUAUUCAUCUGGACGUUAUGUUGAGGCUGGUGAGUGUUAUGAAAACCUGCAAAUGUUCUUAGAAGAUAGACCAAAGUGCGGUCUGGCCUUAAUGGCCAACCAGACUUGUCAGUUUGACAGUUUUGUAUCAAGUGGCGAUAUGGUCCUCUGCAUAGCCGACAGCGAGCAGGCCGUGCGCAGACAGGUCGGGACUACACCUCAUCAAGAGAUGGAUGUGGACGUCGGCAUCGAAGGAGUGGGAAAAAAUGAAGGCCAAGUUGUGCCGGUGAAGGAUAAUUCACGUAGCCAUAAUUGGGCUGGCCGCGACUCACCGGCGCCCUGGCCGAAUUCGCACCCAGGACGCAAGGAUCAAGGGCCAAAUGCGAUGACCUCCAGAUCGCUGUACAUGACUCGUCCUCCUCCUGGAGUCGGUGUUAAGGAAAGUGUUGAGGAAAGUCUUGUCCAACCUAAUCCGCACCAUGGGCACCUGGUGAUUCGCAAUUUCUGUGGCGCAGGGGCCAUAUCUUUCGACACUAUGCAAACUGCAACAUAG